UCAUUGGAAAAGAAGCAUUAGCUUUUGGGACAGACAGCCCUAAUGGCGGUGCCGUCUCUCUAAAGAAGAAAACCGUAACAGCCAACCUUAGAUUCUCUUUCUAACCAUUUUCAAUUCCUGUAAUAAUUUUAUUUUUUAUUUAAUUUCUCACAUAACAACAACAACUAUACACUAGCAAACCCUCCCAAUAUACCAUUAUCUUUUUCUCUGCAAAACAACAAUUUGUCCACAACCUUAAAAUACUCAGUUCCCCACUUGCCAAUUUCACAAUCAUCAUAUGCCAAAAAAGGUUAAAGUUAAGAAAAAGAGAAAAAGCAAGAAAAUUGGCAAUUGAUCUUCCGUUAAUUGAAAUGCUGAAGCUCUUUAGGGCCUAUCAGUGUUUUCUUGGCUUCUUCCUCGUAAUCUCUAUCGUGGUUUCCGUCUUCACAGCAGGGUAGUUCAUCUUUACCGUUCAGAUUUCGAUUGCUACUGCAACAUGAUGCCAUUUUUCACAUUGGAUUGAGGUCAAUUUACUGGAAGAUCCUUUUCUACAAAAAGAUGGCAGCUGAGCUAGUCAAUGCUGCAACAAGCGAAAAACUGGCUGAAACUGAUUGGACAAAAAAUAUUGAAAUCUGUGAGUUAGUUGCUCAUGAUAAAAGGCAAGCUAGAGAUGCUGUUAAAGUUAUCAAAAAGAGACUAGGAAGCAAACACCCCAAUACUCAACUUUAUGCUGUCAUGUUGCUGGAAAUGUUGAUGAACAAUAUUGGAGAGCAUAUUCAUGAGCAGGUGAUUGAUACUGGAAUUCUUCCGAUUCUUGUGAAAAUUGUGAAGAAAAAGUCUGAUUUGCCUGUGAGGGAGCGGAUAUUUCUCCUACUAGAUGCUACACAAACAUCCCUUGGUGGUGCAUCUGGAAAGUUUCCACACUAUUAUAAUGCAUAUUAUGAUUUGGUGAGUGCAGGAGUGCAGUUUCCUCAAAGGGACCAAUUGGUCCAAUCAAAUCAUCCUAGUUCACAACCUAGUAGGACUAAUGAUGUACCAAACAGGGAGCAGGCCUCACCUCGACAUGAAGCAGUUGCUCCGCAAGCAGAACCCCAGACUGUCCCCGAAUCAAGCAUUAUUCAAAAGGCUAGCAAUGCAUUAGAAGUACUGAAAGAGGUCCUUGAUGCUGUUGAUGCUCAAAAUCCUCAAGGAGCAAGGGAUGAAUUCACCCUUGACCUUGUAGAACAAUGUUCCUUUCAAAAGCAAAGGGUAGUGCAUCUUGUGAUGACUUCUCGAGAUGAGAGGAUAGUUUCUCGAGCAAUUGAAUUGAAUGAGCAACUUCAGAAAGUUCUUGCAAGACAUGAUGACCUUCUUGCUGGCAGAGCUACAACGGCUGCUAUUCGAUUUGAUCACGAAGAAGCAGAGGAGGAAGAGGAACCUGAACAGUUAAUUCAAAGAUUACGCAAGGGAAAGGCUUGUGCAAGGCCAGAAGAUGAGGAGACUGAAACUGACAUUGCUCGCAUGGGUUUACUUGGAGAGAGACUCAAUCGACCAUUGAUACGACCACUUUCGUUAGAGCCACCACCUCGUGAUGCCGAUACUCGCUCUCCACCUGUAGUGAUCGCACCUCUGCGUCCAAAACAUAAUGGGGAGGCUCCUCAUCAUGUGGCAAUUCCACCACCACCUGCAAAGCAUGUUGAGAGAGAGAGAUUUUUUCAGGAAAACAAGGAUGGUUCUAAUUUGUCUGGCCACAUGAGAGGACUCUCCUUACAUAGUCGUAAUGGAAGCAGCUCUCAUAGUGGAAGCUUUGAUUUUAGUGAUUGAUCUCUUUAACAACAGCACCUCUUUUAGCUUUUCUUUUCAUUUUUGUCUAACUUUGGAGUUGCUAUUAUUUAAGUUGUGAGAAGUUGGUGAUUUCUGUUUUAGUCUUGGUGAGUAUAGAGGGGAAAAAAAGAAAACACAUAUGCUAUGCUUCAGUUCAUAAAUUACUUGUAAUUAAUUAAGUUCUCUUAAAUCAUAUGCUAUGACCUGAGGUUUGUAAGUUUCAGGUGCAAGUGUUAUAACUGACUGUUUUUU